AUGAAGACGACUCGCAGAUGCAGGACCCUUCUGUCGGUUAGCCUGAACUUCUUCGCGCUGUUUUUCUCCAUCACCGCGUUCAUAACGACUUACUGGUGCGUGGGGACCCAGAGAGUCCCCAAGCCGAAGUGCAGCAAGCUGCGGACACACCAGUGUAUAGACUACGGAGUGAACGAAACCGACCCCAACAAGGUGGUUUACAGCUGGGAGACCGGGGACGACAGGUUCCUGUUCCGUCAGUUCCACACCGGCAUCUGGUUCUCAUGCGAGGAGAACAUCCACGAUGAAAGUGAGAGAUGCCGAAGUUUUAUUGAUUUGGCCCCUGCAUCAGAGAAAGGGAUGCUGUGGCUCUCCCUGGUUUCUGAGAUGUUGUACAUUGUCCUGCUGAUGGUAGGUUUCAGCCUCAUGUGUUUGGAGCUGGUCCACUCCAGCAACGUCAUCGAUGGGCUCAAGCUCAAUGCCUUCGCUGCUGUCUUCACUGUGCUCUCAGGUCUUCUUGGAAUGGUGGCUCAUGUGAUGUACACACAGGUCUUUCAGGUCACCGUCAGCCUCGGCCCACCUGACUGGAGGCCCUACAACUGGGAUUAUGGCUGGUCCUUCUGCAUGGCCUGGGCGUCCUUUACCUGCUGUAUGGGCGCAUCGGUCACCACCCUCAACUCGUAUACGAAAACCGUCAUCGAGUUCAGGCACAAACGGAAGACCUUCGAGCAAAGCAUCCGUGAGGAACACGCAAGGGAGGCGUUCGGAUAUUUCCAAGAACGUUCCGUGCACUCCAUCUCUAAAUCUGUGGAGGUUUAUUCGAGCCAGACCCCGAAAAGCGGCAGGAAAACUCCCAUACCUGCUGACUCUCUGGACCUGAGCGACAUUGCAGCAUCUUUAGGAGAGGAACAGUGCUGA